AUGAACCUUGAAAAAAUGGAAGAGAAAGGUGGUCUUGGAUCAUGGUCCACCGGCUUCUGUGACUGCUUUUCUGAUUGCAGCUCCUGCUGUCUCACGGUGUGGUGCCCCUGUGUUAGUUUUGGAAGAGUAGCUGACAUAGUGGAUAGAACAAAUUCUUGUUGUGUGCAAGGAACAAUAUUCUGUGUACUUGGUGGAUAUAGUCCAUUUCUGUCGCUGUAUUCCUGCAUUUAUCGUACCAAGUUGAGAGAGCAAUAUGGGAUUGAAGGAAAUAGAUGUAAAGAUUGUAUGGCUAGUUGUCUUUGCCCUCGCAUCUCCAUUUGUCAAGAGUAUCGUGAACUCCAAGCACGUGGAUUCGAUGUCUCUGCAGGUUGGAAAGGGAACGUGCAAAUGGGUUCCCGCGGUGUCACGGCGGCUCCGGCGGUGCAAGGUGGCAUGAGUCGUUAG